CCGUCUCCGCAGAAGGGCGUGGCGGGCGGCCUGCCUCCGGGAGCGUCCCCGGCCCGGUUUCCCUCCAGGGAAGAGGAGGAGCCGCCCGCAGCUGCAGCCUCCGCGUCGAAAGGCCGGAAGCCCCCGGGCGCGGCUGAGCAGCAGCCAGAGCCGCCGCGCAGCCUCCAGCCGGCCCUCGCCAUGGCCAAGCGCGAGUCGAGCUCCAGCCCGGUGGUGCGGCAGAUCGACAAGCAGUUCCUGGUGUGCAGCAUCUGCCUGGACCGCUACCACAACCCCAAGGUGCUGCCGUGUCUUCACACCUUCUGCGAGAGGUGUCUCCAGAACUACAUCCCUCCCCAGAGCCUGACCCUCUCCUGCCCCGUCUGCCGCCAGACCUCCAUCCUCCCGGAGAAGGGGGUCGCCGCCCUGCAGAACAACUUCUUCAUCACGAACCUCAUGGAAGUGCUCCAGCGCCAGCCCGACAGUGCCGGCCAUGAGGACGCCAUCGCCAUGCUGGACUCUGUCAGUGCUGUGCCGGGCAAGCCGCUUUCCUGCCCAAAUCACGAGGGGAAAACCAUGGAGUACUACUGCGAGGCCUGUGAAACGGCCAUGUGCCACGAGUGCACAGUGGGAGAGCACCGGGAGCAUGUGACCGUGCCUCUGCGGGAUGUGGUGGAGCAGCACAAGGCUUCGCUGCGCCAGCAGUUGGACGCCAUCAAGAGCCGCCUGCCACAGCUAGCCACAGCCGUGGAACUCGUAUCUGGGAUCAGUCAGCAGCUGGCGGAGCGCAAGAACGAUGCGGUGGCCGAGAUUGGGAGUACUUUUACUGAGCUGGAGAAGGCGCUGGGGCAGCGUAAGGGGCUACUGGUCCGAGACCUGGAAGCCCUCUGUGGGGCCAAACAAAAGGUGCUGCAGGCCCAGCUGGAAGUCCUGCGCCAGGGCCAGGAGAACAUCAGCAGCAGCUGCAGCUUCACUGAGCAGGCCCUGGACCACGGCUCGGAGACGGAGGUGCUGCUGGUGAAGAAGCAAAUGAGUGAGCGGCUGAGCGAGUUGGCCAGUCGGGAGUUCCCUGAGCAGCCCCACGAGAACGCCCAGGUGGACUACGUGGUGGAGACGGAGGGUGUGCGCAAGUCCAUCCUGAAUCUGGGCGUGUUGCUCACCACCAGCGCCAUUGCCCACAAGACUGUGGCGACCGGUGAAGGCCUCCGCCAUGCUGUGGUGGGCCAGGCCGCCUCGCUGACAAUCACCACCAAGGACAAGGAUGGGGAGCUGGUGCGCAAUGGCAGCGCCUGCCUGCAGGCUGAGGUGGUGGCGCCUGACAACUGCGCCCUGGAGCACGAGGUUCAGGACAACAAGAAUGGCACUUACGAACUGCUCUAUACGCCGCGUCAGGAGGGCGACCACGUCCUCUCCAUAUGCCUCUAUGGACAGCCCAUCCGCAGCAGUCCCUUCCGGGUCAAGGCUGUCAAGGCAUCUGAUGUGCCCCCCUCCCCAGAUGAUGUCAAGCGCCGUGUGAAGUCUCCCAGCAGCGGCCACAUCCGCCAGAAGGCAGUCCGCCGCCCCUCCAGCAUGUACAGCAGUGGCAAGAAGAAGGAGAACCCCAUUGAGGAUGAACUGAUCUUCCGUGUCGGAAGCCGGGGCCGGGAAAAAGGUGAAUUCACCAACCUGCAGGGCAUCUCCACCUCCAGCAGUGGGCGCAUCGUGGUGGCAGACAGCAACAACCAGUGUGUGCAGGUCUUCUCCAACGAGGGCCAGUUCAGGCUGCGUUUCGGUGUACGGGGACGCUCUCCUGGACAGCUACAGCGUCCAACUGGGGUCACAGUGGAUCUUAAUGGUGACAUCAUCAUCGCAGACUAUGACAAUCGUUGGGUCAGCAUCUUCUCCCCUGAGGGCAAAUUCAAGACCAAGAUUGGAGCUGGGCGCCUGAUGGGCCCCAAGGGUGUGGCGGUGGACCGCAACGGGCACAUAAUUGUGGUGGACAACAAGGCGUGCUGCGUCUUCAUCUUCCAAUCUAACGGGAAGCUAGUAGCCAAGUUUGGGAGCCGUGGCACGUCGGAGCGCCAGUUUGCAGGACCACACUUCGUGGCUGUCAACAACAAGAAUGAAAUUGUGGUGACCGACUUCCACAACCACUCUGUGAAGGUCUAUAGUGCAGACGGAGAGUUCCUCUUCAAGUUUGGCUCCCACGGUGAGGGGAACGGGCAGUUCAACGCUCCGACGGGCGUGGCUGUGGAUUCCAAUGGGAACAUCAUUGUGGCCGACUGGGGAAACAGCCGGAUCCAGGUCUUCGACAGCUCAGGCUCCUUCCUGUCCUACAUCAACACCACGGCGGAUCCACUCUAUGGGCCACAGGGCUUGGCACUCACCUCGGAUGGACACGUGGUGGUGGCCGACUCGGGCAACCACUGUUUCAAGGCUUACCGCUACCUGCAGUAACCCUGGCAGGGCAGGCUGGAAGGGGGGGCUCUCCGAGUCCCUUCUGGCCCGCCUGCUGGACUAUGCGCUUGGGGGCAGGCUGGCCCUCCGGGUCCUCCACACCAGGUUGGGGGCUCUGGCAGCUGUGUGUGAAGGGUGCCAACAGCCACAAUGGCAGCUACGCAGCAUUGGGACGGCUUCUAGGGAGUGGGGGUGUGGGUGGUCCCGCAAUCUCCCAAAAAGCUGACCUUUUCCAGUGACGGGGGGGAAGGCCUCCCUACGGGCACCAUGCAGCUCUUGCUUUUAUGGCUCUCGGGGGUCUUGCCCGAGUCCUCCCAAGUAGGAAUCCCUUUGAGUCACCCGGCUCCACCCUCCCCACCCCCACCCCGGAUUGUUCCUUCCCUUGUUUUUUUCUGCACUUUAUCAUUGCCCAGAAAGGGGUUAGGGUUUCUGCAAUGCCUGUGGAGAGCAGCGAAGCCGACAGAGGCUUCUAGUGGGGGACCCAGAUGACUUCCCAGGAGCUGGAAGUUAGGGCUCCACUGAGAAGGCCAGGCCCCACCCCCUUGGCCAUGGGGGUGGGAUUCGCUUUACCCACCCAUCACCCCCACUCUCCAUUUUCCCAACUGGGUGAAUUUCUGGGCCAGCCAGCUAUUCUUCUGGAAAAAAAGCUCUUCGGCCAGUCUGGCGCCUCCCUAUAUGGAGCCAAGAGGGGCUGGGGGAGCAGCCAGAGGCCCCAUGGGAGUCCUGUGCUUUGGGGGGGGGGUGGCUGGGAAAGAGCUGUCCUGCACAGGGGGGAAGGGAUGCAGCGUCAGUUUUCCCAGCCCCUUGGAAGUGCUGCCCGCCCCCAGCCUGGCCGAUGAUGCCCAACCCAACUCAGCCGGUCUCCCAAAGAGCGCCAGCUCUGCCCUCCUGCCCCUGGCUUUCUACACGCCCCUCCCCUUUGGCUGAGCAGAGGCAGCCACGUGCUAAUGGAAUUAUGUACAAAUAAAGUAUUCUGAAAAUAAA